CCGGGAGCUGCGGUGCAGGGGCGGGGUCUCGCGGCGGGGGAAGGGGCUGCUCUGGGCUCCAGAUGCUGUGCGCCGGGAGGCUGGGCGGGCUCGGAAGCCGGGCAGCGCCUCUAUGGCCCGGGCGAGCGGGCUCGAGGGGCCUCGGAGCCGGGAUCUGCGCCCGAGGGGUCAGCACCAGCUGGUUCCCGGUGGGCGCCGCCUUCAAUGUCAAGCCCCAGGGCCGCCGCCUGGACCUGUUCGGCGAGCGCCGGGGUCUUUUUGGAGUUCCUGAGCUCAGCGCCCCAGAAGGAUUUCGGGUCGCCCAAGAAAAUGCCUUGAGGAAGGCAGACUUGCUUGUGGAGCGUGUGUGUUCCAUGGCACCUGGGCCCCAGACCGUGCUCAUUUUCGACGAGCUCUCUGAUUCCUUGUGCAGGGUGGCCGACUUGGCCGAUUUUGUGAAAAUCGCCCACCCCGAGCCCGCGUUCCGAGAGGCGGCGGAGGAAGCCUGUACGAGCAUCGGCACCGCGGUGGAAAAGUUGAACACAAAUGUGGAAUUAUAUCGAAGUCUGCAAAAAUUGCUAGCUGACAAAAAACUUGUGGAUUCCCUUGAUCCAGAAACCAGGCGAGUGGCUGAACUGUUUAUGUUUGAUUUUGAAAUCAGCGGAAUCCACCUAGACAAAGAGAAGCGUAAGAGAGCAGUGGACCUGAAUGUUAAAAUCUUGGAUUUGAGUAAUACAUUUCUCACGGGAACUAACCUUCCCAACAAGAUUGAGAAGCAUCUCUUGCCAGAACACAUUCAUCAAAACUUUGUAGUCGCUGGAAAUCACGUGAUAGUUGAUGGUCUACACGCAGAAUCUCCAGAUGACUUGGUGCGAGAAGCCGCUUAUAAAAUUUUUCUUUAUCCCAAUGCUGGUCAGUUGAGAUGUUUGGAGGAAUUGCUCAGCAACCGAGACCUGCUGGCAAAGUUAGUGGGGUACUCCACGUACUCCCACAGAGCCCUCCAAGGAACAAUAGCCCAAAGUCCAGAGACGGCCAUGCAGUUCCUGGAGAAGCUAUCAGGAAAACUUUCUGAAAGAACUAUAAGAGACUUUGAGAUGAUACGAGGGAUGAAAAUGAAACUAAAUCCUCGAAAUUCUGAAUUAAUGCCUUGGGAUCCCCCCUACUACAGCGGUGUGAUUCGUGCAGAGAGGUACAACAUCGAGCCCAGUUUGUAUUGUCCAUUUUUCUCCCUUGGAGCGUGCAUGGAAGGCCUCAACACUUUGUUUGGCAGACUGUUAGGGACUACGUUGUAUGCCGAGCAGCCCGCGAAAGGAGAGGUGUGGUGCGAGGGCGUCCGCAAACUGGCUGUGGUUCAUGAAUCCGAAGGAUUGUUGGGGUACAUUUACUGUGAUUUUUUUCAGCGACCGGGCAAGCCACAUCAGGACUGCCAUUUUACAAUCCGUGGAGGCAGAUUAAAGGAAGACGGAGACUACCAGCUCCCAGUCGUAGUUCUUAUGCUGAAUCUUCCCCAUCCCUCAAGGAACUUACCAACUUUAUUAACUCCUGCAAUGAUGGAAAAUCUUUUCCAUGAAAUGGGACAUGCCAUGCAUUCUAUGCUGGGACGUACUCGUUACCAACACGUCACUGGGACCAGGUGCCCCACUGACUUCGCUGAAGUUCCUUCUAUUCUGAUGGAGUACUUUGCAAAUGACCACCGAGUGGUUAGCCAGUUUGCCAGACAUUAUCAGACGGGGCAGGCACUGCCCAAAAAUAUGGUGUCUCGGCUUUGUGAGUCCAAAAAGGUGGGUGCUGCAGCCGAUAUGCAACUUCAGGUCUUUUAUGCCGCCCUGGAUCAGAUCUACCAUGGGAAGCACCCCCUGAGGGCAUCGACCACAGACAUUCUCAGGGAAACCCAGGAGAAAUUUUAUGGCUUACCAUACGUUCCAAAUACCGCCUGGCAGCUUCGAUUCAGCCACCUCGUGGGCUACGGUGCCAAGUAUUACUCUUACCUCAUGUCCAGGGCGGUAGCUUCCAUGGUCUGGAAGGAGUGUUUUCGACGAGACCCUUUUAACAGGACGGCAGGGGAGCGCUAUCGCAGGGAGAUGCUGGCACACGGCGGGGGCAAGGAACCGAUGCUCAUGGUGCAAGGACAGAUGAAAGUCAACUCCCUCUUUGCCUUUUUAUGAACUGAUAUGUGCGGAGUCUGUCCUAACGCAACUUUGUCUUUCUCACAUGGCUGUCAACACUUCCCUCUUUUUAGUUGUGAGGUUUCAGUCUUCUUUUGGCAAAAUCCGUCUGUCCCUCUCCCCCCCCCCCCACCCCACCGCCCCCAGUUUAGGUAACUUCCACGGUGAAACACGUUUGGAAAUUCCACUCCGGGACUGAACAGCUCCAACCUGGCUCCCAGGGGCUCCCAAGAGACCGCGGGUCUAAUCAUCACCCUUUAAGAUUACGACUUGAAGACAAGGGGGACGUCUUUGUCAGCUUUUUAAAAAAUCAAAGAGUUCCUGGAACUUUCUGGACCAUACACACAUAUGAAAGCUAAUUUCAAUUUUUCUUAUUUAAGGAACUGCCUGCAAACGUCGCAUUUUUCUUUUAAUUCUCUGUGUAGAAGCUAGUUCAUGUCGACACUUGCCAAACAUUUAAAUCUAAUUAAAGCAAGGAUACCAUCACGAUAUGCCAAGAGAAUUCUUGCCUCAGGACUAUUCUUUAUCCCAGUGAGUCCUGAUUUCCUCUUCUGGGGACCUUCGUCUCUAGCAGUCACAUGACAUACAAAAAUGACCAAACCACUUCUGACCAGAUUUUAUUUAAAAAUGCCAUGAGCGUGUGUGUUUUUGUUUUGCUGUUGCUAGAAUUGCCAUUCCUUGAGACGCAGGCACGGUGGAGGAUGAGAGACUGGAGAAGGACAUGGGCUAGCUAGGUCUAUGUCCCGCGAAGGACAGAGCAAGGUCAUAUUUAUAUUGGCAGUUUGUCGAGUUCAAGUGAACCACUUCAAAGGGACAGGAGGCUAUGCUUAACUGAAUACUUUGGCUCUGAAUAACUGGGUUUUACCUUCUGACAGGCCCAGGCAUUUAAUUAUAAAUGACCAGUCAUUUAAUUAUAGAAUGUUUCACAUACUAGAGGGAAGAAAAGGGUGUAAUAGGUUAACACGUUUGAUUGAGAGCCACGUUUAGAUGUUUUCCCUACAGCUGUUCUCUGCAUUAAGAAACUUGGCGCGUAGGAAGUGCCCGAAACCUGAUUUAUUAAUCAGAUUGCUUCUACUUAAGCAAUAACCUACAUCUAAAGAUCUAAUGUGAAAUGGGCUACUUUAGCAACCAUCAAAGACUCAACCAUUUCCAUCCUUGGGUCAGAGGAAAGGCCUUCUUUCCCCCGUAGAGAUUAUUUGACUGGGAAAGGAAAACUAUGUUUUGAACUUUAGUUUUGUAAAUAAAGACAAAGCAGUGAACUUCCCCCUCAGUAGCUUCUCCUUAUUUCUCAGAUAUUUCCUGGGUGAAGAUAGUAGAAUUGAACUUGGAUGAGGAUGAGAAUAUUUUGAUCUGCAGUUGAAAGCAUUACAACAUUCUUAUUUUCUUAACUACUGCAGGUCUAGUCCGUGGCUUACGAGUAUGUGUUUGGCACGACUGUUUUUAUGUCCGCCACGCAAGCCAGUCCUUGGGCAUUUCCCACGCGGCCGCUCCCCCUGAUGGGAAUGACCAUGGCCAUGUGUCCCGUCCCGGACCCGCCCCCCAAACUCUCUGUUCUCACAGCCGACUGAGGCCUGAUGGCUCCCCCGCCCCCCAGCCCGGCACCUAAAUGUGACAAGCUGUUGGCUUUCCUCUCACAUUCUGGCCCAGUUACCUUCUCAUCCUGGUCACUGUCGUUCCAAGCCCUAGAGUCUUCAUAAAACAUGUCUCCCGGAGCCUCCACCCUUCCUCCAAGACCCCAGCAGACCACUUAGUGGUCAGUAUACAUUCUUUUCCUUUUCCCACCUUCGUGCCUUCCUACAUCGUCCUCUCCACCUAGAAGGGCCUAAUUUGACCCUGACCCUUCCCUGUCCUUCAAGUUUCCACUCAGAUCCCAUCCCUCCACAAAGCCAUCUGAAUCUCUCCAUCAGAAUUCAUCUUCCUCCUCUCUUCUCUCACCAACUGCACUUUGCAUGCUGUUAACACCCACAGUUGACUUUUUCCCCAAACGUUUUGUGUUGAAACUUUUCAGACAUUCAGAAAAGUUGAGUGAAAAGAACAGUAAACACUCACGCACUUGCCACUUAGAUUCUACAAUGAACAUUUUAUUGUCUUUGUCACACAUCCAACCAUCCAUUCCUCUAUCCACCCCUCAAGCCAUCAUGUGUAUAUAAUAUAUAUAAUUUUUCAAAGCAAGUGUCAGACAGCAGUACAUUUUGCCCUAGACACUAUUAUAUGACUAUUUCUUUUUUUUAGGUAAUAUUUAUAGACAGUGAAAUGCAUACAUCUUUAAUGUACCGUUUAAUGAAUUCUGAGGCAUAUAUACGCAUAAUAACGCCAAUCACUGCCCAUCUAUAGAACAUGACCAUCACACCAGAGAGCUGGCUUGUGUCCCUUCUCAGUCAGUUGUCCUCUCCACGCCCAUAAGCAACAGCUCUUCUGAUGUUUUUUCACCAGAGACUCCUUUGGCCCACCUUUGAACUUCCUGUGAAUAAAAUCCAACAGGAUGCACUCCUUUGUGGAAGGCUUUUGACAUUCAGCCAUGUUGUUGUUUCACUCAUCAGUGGGUUGUUGUUCUUGUUGCUCAGUGGUAUUCCACUUUCCAAAUAUACCGUGUUUGUUUAUCCAUGUCCUAUCGAUGGAAACUUGUGUCGUUUCUAGUUGGGGGUUGUAAAAUCCUUUUUUGUUGGCAUGCCUUCAUUUCCCUCGGGUAAAUACCUGGGAGGAAAUGGCUGGGUCGUGGGGUACGUGUGUGCGAAUCUUAGAAGAAACCUCCAGAUCUUUUUCUAAAGUGGUUGUACCACUUCACCCCUCCAUCACUGAUAUGUGACAAUGCAGGCUGGCCCACAGCCUUGCCAACGUUUGGUCUUUGGAAUUUUAGCCAUUCUGGUGGUUGUGUUCCUUAGUUUUCUUUCCCCAGAUGACAAUGAUGACGUGUCUUCUCAGUGCCUGUUGUGUUUAUUUGCUUGUCUUCUUUUGUGAAAGGUCUACUCAAACCUGUUGUCCCUUUUAAAAUUUUUUUUUAAGAAUGGUUGUUUAUUUAAUGUUU